GAAAUCAUUACAUAGCCAUUUUGGCUCAAGCCUUUUCUGUUCGAGUCGUGUUGGAUCCAGCCACUCAUUACUAGUGCCGUGUGUUCGGCCCGUCGGCAGCCAAUAUUGGUCGGCGGAUUCUUGCAAUAUUACAGACUGCGGGUGCGCGCCCUCCUUGAAUUGUUGUGUGCGUUUUUGUUUUAUUGGCGCUGCCCGGGGAUAAUCGAUGUGGCUUCUGUGCCGCUGAGGUUGGUUUUGAAAUCGUUUUGCCGCACAGCUUACAGCCCAUGAUCUUGCAUCGCCCAUUCAAACUCAGGGCUGCACUGAGAUGUGCCCGUAAUGAGCCUUGCUACCGGAAGGUUGCACCAUGCGGUGGCAGGCAGGUCUCGAUACCGUUGUGCUCGUCUGUCAGCCCUUGGAAGGGGCCCCUAAGCGGACCCACGUUAAUCGACGCUGUCGCAGCGUGCUGCACACAGAUAGAAACAGGUCCUCUGGGGCGGCAUUACACAUACGCGUUGCGUGGGUCAUUGACAGGGCUUUGGUAUAUCGGUUCCAGAACAUGUCCCGACGUGGUUUCUUCACCAGAAGCGGACAUACAUUACAUGGGCUCCCCGAGGAACAUGCAUUUCAAGCAAGAGCGAAAAGCCAAGCUUAUAUUGACAAGACACAAGACGCGCGGUGAUGCUCUGGCGGCGGAGUGUUUCUUACAUGACUUUUAUAAUGUUGGCAAGAAUCCGGAGUUCGCCAAUCGGGCAAAGCAGACUUCGGUUGGAUUCAGUACUCAGGGGAUCAAGCUCAGAGACAGCACGAAGCAAAAGAUAAGUGAGGCUAAGCGUGGGGAACGAAACCCAAUGUUCGGAAAACACCACUCGGAAGUGACAAGGCAGAAGAUGAGCGAGGCUGGACGAGGAAAGGUCCUCAGUGAGGAGACAAAGCAGAAGAUCAGAGAGGCUAGACGAGGAAAGGUCCUCAGUGAGGAGACGAAGCAAAAGCUAAGUCAGGCUAGGUUCGGAAAGCACCACUCGGAAAAGACAAGGCAGAAGAUGAGCGAGGCUAGACGAGGAAAGGUCCUCAGUGAGGAGACGAAGCAAAAACUAAGUCAGGCUAUGUUCGGAAAGCACCACUCGGAAGCGACAAAGCAGAAGAUCAGAGAGGCUAGACGAGGAAAGGUCCUCAGUGAGGAGACGAGGCAAAAGAUGAGUGAGGCUAUGCGUGGGGAACGAAAUCCUGUGUUCGGAAAGCUCCACUCGGAAGAGACAAGACAGAAGAUCAGCGAGGCUGGACGAGGAAAGGUCCUCAGUGAGGAGACAAAGCAGAAGAUCAGAGAGGCUGGACGAGGAAAGGUCCUCAGUGAGGAGACGAGGCAAAAGAUGAGUGAGGCUAUGCGUGGCGAACGAAAUCCUAUGUUUGGAAAGCUCCACUCGGAAGUGACAAGGCAGAAGAUGAGCGAGACUGGACGAGGAAAGGUCCUCAGUGAGGAGACAAACUAAAUCAGGCUAUGUUCGGAAAGCACCACUCGGAAAAGACAAGGCAGAAGAUGAGCGAGGCUAGACGAGGAAAGGUCCUCAGUGAGGAGACAAAGCAGAAGAUCAGAGAGGCUCAACGAGGAAAGGUCCUCAGUGAGGAGACGAGGCAAAAGAUAAGUGAGGCCAUGCGUGGGGAACGAAAUCCUAUGUUCGGCAAGCACCACUCGGAAGAGACAAAGCAGAAGAUAAGCGUGGGUAUUCGAGGAAAGCCGCGAAGUGAGGAGACGAAGCAGAAGUUGAGCGAGGCUACUCGUGAGGACCGGCAUCCCGUACUCGGAAGGCACCGCGUUGAUAACACAAUGCAGAAGAUGAGCGAGGCUAGACGAGGAAAGGUCCUCAGUGAGGAGACGAAGCAGAAGUUGAGUGAGACCACUCGUGAGGACCUGCAUCCCUUACUCGGAAGGCACCGCGCAAUCGAGGAAAGCCGCGAAGUGUGGAGACGAAGCAGAAGUUGAGCGAGGCUACUCGUGAGGACCGGCAUCCCUUACUCGGAAGGCACAGCGCUGAUAACACAGUGCAGAAGAUGAGCGAGGGUGAUCGAGGAAUGCCGCGAAGUGUGGAGACGAAGCAGAAGUUGAGUGAGACUACUCGUGAGGACCGGCAUCCCUUACUCGGAGGGCACCACGCUGACAACACUAUGCAGAAGAUGAGCGAGGGUGAUCGAGGAAAGCCCCGCAGUGAUCAGACAAAGUACAAGCUCAUUGGCCAGUGUGAUCGUGUGGAUCGAAGCCCCGAUGCUCGUAAAGCCACGAUACCAAAGAUGGUUGAGGAUUUGUGCAUGGAGCAGCUGGCUGAGAAAUGGAAGUGACAUAGUAUUGACGCGAUGGGCGGGAACCGACGACGCAGCAGAGCAGCCAGGCCAAGCGCAGGGAUGAGCGGCUCUCCUUUGGAAAACAGCAAAUGGUGGAUGAGUUGUUGCGAGCCGCUCCGAGAAGAGCCAGAGUUAGGAGACAGAGCAAAGUAUAAACCCUGUUCAUCUUUGGGGCGGAAUCAUUGUCCUCCUCCCCCCUCCUCCCAG